GCAGGUUACACGUGCCGACUAUAUCUUGCUCACAAGGGUACCUGCACCGGGAUGGACGCUCGCAAUGCUUGGCCGCUCAUCAGACGUCUCUCAUGAUCUCCCACAUGGCGUCUCCGCCUCCCUCAACGACAGACGCGAUCAUCGCCAUGUCCACUGAGCAUGGAAAAGGGCUUCCAGGAUAUGUCUACGCAACCACCCUUCCUCGCUAUAUCGCUCCCACCACCUCCGACCCACAGUUCGAUACACUGGUCACCGCAAUCCCGCAGUCACCGCUCUAUCCCUCGGUCACCGUUCUUCCACUGGAUCGACCGGUUAUCUAG